UGUGAGCAUGCGCAGCUGAAUGAGCUGUGGCGACAAAUUGGUUGCGGAGAAAAACAAGUUGGAAGCCGGAGCAGAUUUUUAUUUUUGUUUUUAUUCGCCUCCGGGAAAACACGAUGGCCGGUACCGCGCUGAAGAGACUCAUGGCGGAGUAUAAACAGCUGACUCUGAACCCACCUGAGGGGAUUGUUGCAGGUCCAGCCAAUGAGGAGAACUUCUUCGAGUGGGAGGCUCUCAUUAUGGGUCCUCAGGACACAUGUUUUGAAGGUGGAGUGUUUCCCGCUGUCCUCAGUUUUCCCUCCGAUUAUCCCCUCAGUCCUCCGAAGAUGAGGUUCACCUGCGACAUGUUUCACCCGAACAUCUAUCCAGAUGGGCGGGUGUGUAUCUCCAUCCUCCACGCUCCAGGUGAUGACCCGAUGGGAUAUGAGAGCAGUGCAGAGAGGUGGAGUCCAGUCCAGAGUGUGGAGAAGAUCCUGCUCUCUGUGGUCAGCAUGCUGGCAGAGCCUAAUGACGAGAGCGGAGCAAAUGUCGACGCCUCUAAAAUGUGGCGUGAGGACAGAGAGCAGUUUUACAAACUCGCCCAGAAGAUCGUACGCAAGUCGCUGGGCCUUUAGAGAUGUCAUCAUCCUGAGACGAUGAUGUCAUCACCCUGACGUUGCCCAGCACUCUGUCUGUGUUUGUCUGUUUCAGAAACAGUACUCCUUUCUUCCUCCGGUACCUUUUCACUGGGAUGACAGACACAGCAUCCUCCUCGUCACCAUGGAAACAACACACA